UCCCUCUCUUUCCUUUUUUUUCCACCCAUCCUCCCAUCGCUCACUCACUCACUCCGUUUCAUCCAGGGUGACGCCAGUCCCUCUCACCCCGCCCCGUUCAACUCAGUCCGCUGCGUUCAUUUCAUUCCUGCUCCCAUUCCGCGCAUAUUUCGCAUCCUUGGAGAGACGCUGCGCAUUUUACGCACUCAGCGCGCCCCGAUCCUUCAUCAAGGCGAAGCCGAGGGCGGACUCCGGAGUUGGUCGAGCGCUUCCCGGUUCCGCGGCGGCUCCGAUCCGUUGGGAAAGUGUGGGAAUUAAAGGAGAAAAGCGGCGUUUGGAUCGAGGUUCUGAUGCUGGGUUCUGCUUCUGCACCGACUGGCUGACUUUUUUUUCUCCCACUCCUGGCUGCCAUUUAAAUAUAUCGAUACCGAGAGAAUAACAACCUUUGGGCAUAGCUUUUUGUUAAUUUUCACCUUUACAAGUUAAUUUCCAGUAUUUAUAUAUAUAUUUUAAUCAAAACACCAUCAUCAGCUAAGCACCGUCAGCUGCCAGUAUGGAGCGCAGCAGCUGGAGUGGCAGUGAGAGUCCCGGUGAGGACAUGGACAGACUCAGUGAUUCAGGAGGGGACAAGACAAUGGAUGGGGACCCUGAGGGGGUCUGGAGCCCAGACAUCGAGCAGAGCUUCCAGGAGGCCCUUGCUAUAUAUCCGCCCUGUGGGAGGAGGAAGAUUAUACUGUCAGAUGAAGGGAAGAUGUACGGGCGAAACGAGCUGAUAGCCAGAUACAUCAAACUCCGAACUGGCAAGACGCGGACAAGGAAACAGGUAUCCAGUCACAUCCAGGUCUUGGCCAGAAGAAAAUCCAGGGAGUUUCAGUCCAAACUAAAGGACCAGAAUGCCAAGGAGAAAGCUCUGCAAAGCAUCUCGUCCAUGUCCUCGGCUCAGAUCGUCUCGGCCACCGCCAUACACAGCAAGCUGCUGCCUGGAAUAGUGCGAGCCAGCUUCCCCGGCAACGCUCAGCUGUGGCAGGGGAUGAUUCCAGGAGGGCAGUCCAGCUCCACCACAGAGGACAUCAAGCCGUUCUCCCAGCAGGCCUACCCUGUGCAGACAGCAGGGACCACCACAAUCGCAGCCUACGAGCCUGCUGCUGCAGCCCAAACACACAGAGAGCCAGCAUGGCAGGGGCGAUCCAUCGGCACCACCAAACUACGACUGGUGGAGUUUUCAUCUUUCUUAGAGACACAGAGGGAUCAGGAAGCCUACAACAAGCACCUGUUUGUGCACAUCAGCCAGAGCAACCCGAGCUACAGCGACCCGCUGCUGGAGUGUGUGGACAUCAGGCAAAUCUACGACAAGUUCCCCGAGAAGAAGGGAGGUCUGAAGGAGCUUUUCAGCAAGGGCCCGCAGAACGCGUUCUACCUUAUCAAGUUCUGGGCGGAUCUUAAUUACAUCGUACAGGAUGAGUCUGCAGCUUUCUAUGGUGUGACCAGCCAGUACGAGAGCUCAGAGAGCAUGACCAUCACCUGCUCCACAAAGGUCUGCUCCUUCGGCAAGCAGGUGGUCGAGAAAGUGGAGACGGAGCAUGCCAGGUUUGAAAAUGGACGGUUCGUCUACAGAAUCAGUCGCUCUCCCAUGUGUGAAUACAUGAUCAACUUCAUCCACAAGCUGAAGCACCUUCCGGAGAAAUACAUGAUGAACAGCGUGCUGGAGAACUUCACGAUUCUGCUGGUGGUGAGCAACAGAGACACUCUGGAGACCUUGCUGUGCAUGGCGUGUGUGUUUGAGGUGUCGAACAACGACCACGGAGCACAGCACCACAUCUAUCGACUUGUCAAGGAAUAACACACUCCACCUCGUUAACAAAUGCACAUCUAUGGCCUUUUGCUUGGUGAUUAUUCAUGGUGACACUGAAGGGAGAGAUAUAGAUCCCUUAAAAAAAUAAUAAUAAUAAAAAAAAAAACUACCAAAAUUUCAGUUCACCAAAAAAAAAAGAAGAAAAAUUUAAUCAGUCAAGGAUAAAAAUGGCUACAUUUUCACUCCCACUUUAUAAACUAGCCAUCAACGAAGGCGGUGACCGUGUAGCCAUGACACCCUGUGAGAAUCAACAUGGUUGGUUUUUCCCAAGAUCUCCCUGGGAUGAGGAGCAGUCGUCAUCUCUCCCACUAAUUAAGUUUUCUGAGCACAUCAGAACUUUACGGCUGUGAACAUGGGAAUAUAAGUGGGAUUCGUGUUCAGAGCCUUUGGGAAAAGCUAGAGAAAGAAGAAGGAAAAGAAAAAAAAAUUUUUUCGCCCCCUGGUGGAGAAAAAUCCCUCCUCAGCCAAGACGUACCGAAGGUCAGACCCUGUGUAUCAUCAAUAACCUGCUGGAGAAAAGGACAUUUCUGCAUUAUGGUAUAGUAGACUAUAGAUCUGGAUGUGUACAGAUAGACUCUGUGGGUUGUUCCAGUUGAGCUCUUGCACAAAUGAAGAGGUUUGUCCCAAAGAGAAAGAAUGAAGUUUUUACCUUUUUGUAUGUUUUCCUUAAAAAGACACACACACACACACCCACACACACACACACACACACACACACAAAACAUUUAAAAUUUUGGGAUCUUGUUUAUUGAUUGUAGCAUAUAGAUUAUAUUUCAAUUCCUUGAUUGUUAUCUAAAAUUUAUAAAAGCAUAAUGGAAGGGGGGAAACAAGAAGAAAUUCAGGUACCUUUUUGUGCAGCAGGUGACUCUUCAUCAAGCCCUUUAGAUUUUAAUCCAGGUCUAACUGAAUCCAGCACAGAAAGACCGAGACGAAGGAUUAUUAACGUGAUCCAACUCACCAAGAUCAUAGUUUUAAACAUAUUGUUCGGAUUUCUUGGAAAAUCACUGUGAUUAUUUUUUUUUUCUUUCUUUUUACUACAUAAUUUGUCCAGCUGUUAGAUAGGCUUUAGUUUAACUCUCACUUUAACAUUUGCUCCUUAUUUCAGUAUUUGUACCAGCAAAGUAGAGCCUUAAUGUCCAUACCGCCAAAACCUGAGACACUGCUCCACCCACAACCGACCGCCCUGACUCGAAGCCUUAGAACCUCCUGUGUCAGGAUUACAGAUCGCACCCUUUCCCUCUUUUAUGAAUCCGAAACCAAAAAACGCUGAUGAUGAUGAUGAUGGAGUAUACUGUAGCAGGUGUGGUCCGACGGCUCGUCUGCGUCAUGCUCAGCAGCGUGAAGUGCCUUUGGCUGGAGACGGCAGUAGACUUUUCUGUUCUGAUUCACUGAUGGUUCCACGUUUCAGAGGAAGCUCUGUAGACGUAAAUAAAUAAACUGUAAGUUUGGACCUUUGCUUUUCUGGUGGCUGCGUAGCCAACAGAAAAACGAAUAUCUGAAGUUCGAUAUUUAAGGUAUUUCUUUUUUUUUUUUUUAAUGACAGUCAGCAUCAGGAUCCUCCUGGAUGAUCUGUUUAAUUUCACAACGAUAUCAGUGGAAUACAGUCUUAUUCUUUUGGUAUUUAAUGGCAGUGUUUGCUUGUAUUUGUUUUUGUGCUUCACAUGUGACUGCUUCAUGGAAGAAGAGGUUGCACACUCAGUGUAGUCUGGUGCCUCAUUUGAAUGAAAUCUUUUUUUUUGGAAGACAAAUAGUUAAACAGAGACCAAUUUGAACAUAAAUCUUUACUGCUGGAUUGUUUGUUCAGUUAUCUACAGCGGUCUAUUCAGGCAUUGGGCCGGUGUGAUAACCUCUAAGAAAAAUACCAGUUUCACUAUAUUAAAUUUAAUUUUUUGUAUUUAUUUUUUUUUUAAUUCAAAACUAAAGAGCAUCAAUUAUUCCGUCUGCAGCUAGAAUACAAUAAUAUGCAGUGGAUCUCAAAUGUGUACACAUCCCUAUUAAAAAAAAUAAAUAAAUUAUGAUACAUAUUUUUUAUAGCAAUUUCUUUAGAUAAUCUAACACCUACCUUUACAACUCAACUGAAAAUAUAACUGAUCUGUUAGACAAAGUAUAAAAAUGCAUUGACCUUGCUGCAUACGUUUGCACACCCUAAACUAACAUUGUUAGGGUGAAUUAAACUUCAGCAUUUGGUUUUCCUUGGUAGGAUUCCCACAUAAUGACUUAAGAAUAUCUGCCCACUCCACUCUGCAUAACACUGGUUUAUCUUUUAACUCUAGUUAGGCAUUUCCAAAACUUAAAUUUUCUUAAGGUGAAAAAUGACAGUCAUUUUCAUUUAGCAAAUGUUGCGCAUAAACUGAUGGGUUUGCAAAAACCCAAGUCCAAUCUGAAGACGACCAAUCCCUUAUCAUUUUAUUGCCAACACCAUAUUUCAUUAUAAGUAAUGUGCGAUUUGGUAAUUGUUGUUAUUUUUGUGAUGCUUAGAUUUGUUUGAUCAUUCUCCUUUUAAUUGGACUUGGACUACUUUGGACUGCAGAUCUUCUGCCCAGCAUCCUGCUUUGCAGUACAAACCUUGAUGUCUAAUACAGAUGAGCAUUUAUGUCUUGUUAUGCUUCUGUUUUCCCAUGGUGUUCAUUGAAUUUUUCCACCCUUCUCCUGACUCAUACCUUCAUACAAUGACAGAAUGGUGAUCAGUUGUAGCCUUUCUACAAACUAUAGCUUUAGCUAAAGAAUAGAGAUGCCAGAAACUCCCAAAGUGAAGAAAGGCGUAAAGUUAAACACGCUGAAUACUGGAACUGAAU